ACAUAUCCAAAUUUGUACAAAAAGUCCAUUAUACAUAGCAACCAUUUUCAUAUUCCAAAAUCAGCUUUCUCACUAAAAAAAAUGGCUGUUUUUCAUAUUCUCUCCAAGUAUAGAACCAAGAUUCCAACUUUAUUCUUCAAUAUCACCUUCCUUGUUAUAAUUUCUUGCCUCACAUUUCAUCUCUACUCUUCAAAUUCCAAUUUUUCUCUAAACAACACAUUCACAAAGCCAAAAAAAGAUAGUUUCUUGCUAGGCAAAGAUAUUGGUUGUAAAGGUAUUGAAAAGUUCAAUAGUAGAGAAGAAAAGUGCACUUAUGUUAAAUCCCAUAAAGGGUGUAAACCUGAUGGAUAUAUAUUUUAUCUGCAACUUUUUUAUUGCACUUUUAGCCCAAUUCUUGGAUAUUCCUUGCUAGCCCUUUGGCUUAUUCUACUUUUCUAUUUAUUAGGUGAUACUGCAAGUAGUUAUUUUUGUUCUUCACUUGAAGGGCUAUCAAAAAGUUUGAAACUUUCACCUAUAAUUGCUGGAGUUACACUACUUUCUCUUGGAAAUGGUGCACCUGAUUUGUUCUCUAGUAUUGUUUCUUUCAUGAAUGAUGGUACAAAUAAUAUUGGACUCAAUAGUAUAAUUGGUGGUUCUUUCUUUGUUUCAAGUGUAGUUGCUGGAAUUACAAGUAUUUCAAUUAGCCAACAUGGGAGGAAAAUCAAGAAGGCAAGUUUUAUGAGGAAUGUGUUGUUCUUGAUUCUUUGUGUUGUUUGUCUUCUUGUUGUGAUCAUCAUUGGCAAGAUUCACUUAUGGGGUGCUUUGGCUUUCUUUUUUCUAUAUCCUCUCUAUGUUUGCUUCAUAUUCGUCUCGGAAAUGUACGUACGAGAAGAGAAAUGCUUGGAUACUGCAGAAACCGCGACAGAUGAAUUGUUAGUUUUGCCAAUAGUUUAUGACAUGCAAAAGGCUCAAGAAUUGUCAUGUGAAUUGAGGGUACCUUUGUUGAUGAAUAAGGGUGAGAUACAAAGUGAAAAGCAAAGGGAAAUUGUUUGUGUGUUGAGAAAAAUUGGGUAUGUUCUUGAAUUGCCACUUGACUUGCCAAGAAAGUUAACAAUUCCAAAUGUUUCACAAGAGAAUUGGUCAAAAACAUUUGCAGUUGUCUCCAUCACUUUAGCUCCUUUGCUAUUGGUUCUCAUUUGGGAUUUCUUUGGGCCUGAAUCAAGUACUUGGGCCUAUGGAUUUGGUGGAGUUCUUGGCCUUGCUUGUGGGCUUGUUGUGUAUUUCACUAGUGAUGGGCUUCACCCUCCAAAGAAGUUCAACUUUUUGUGGCUUGGGCUUGGUUUCUUAAUGAGCAUUACUUGGACUUACAUAUUGGCAGAAGAGCUUAUUUCUUUGUUGGUUUCAAUGGGCCUAAUCCUUAGUAUCAGCCCAUCAAUUUUGGGCCUGACAGUUCUUGCAUGGGGUAACUCAUUAGGAGACUUGGUAGCUAAUGUAACACUAGCUAAAACUGGUGGGCCAAGUGGAGCCCAAGUGGCCUUAUGUGGAUGCUAUGCUGGGCCUAUAUUCAAUACCCUUGUGGGCUUGGGCCUAUCACUAAUUUUCACAACUUGGAAAGCAUUUCCUUCAAGUUAUAUUGUGCCAACAGACUCAACUGUUUAUGAAACUAUUGGGUUCUUGCUAUUGGGCCUACUUUGGGCCUUGGUAAUCUUGCCCAAAAGAGAUAUGAAGCUUGAUAAGUUCUUUGGAAUUGGGCUUUUAGCUGUAUACUCAUGUUUCUUGUUCUUAAAGCUUUCUAGAGCUUUUGGCUUCAUUAAAUUUCAAGUUUCCCCAUAAAACUAGGUUGAAGCACUUUAAUUUGUAGUAAAGUAGAAUCAAAGGUUUCUACUUGGAUGUAUACUUGUAUUUAUGUAUUCAUCCUGCGUAUAUAAUGAUGAUGAAUUAUCCUGUAUAUUCAAUGGCCUAUUUGAAAAUCUCCUGAUUUAUGGUUGUUUUCAAUUCCCUGAAGAUAACGUCGAUUAUUACGUCCUUCCUCAUUUCGGUGUGCCAAGAAUUAAAAACAAAAAGAGAUCCUUUUACUCAGGUUAACCAAACAAUUUAGUAGAUUCUAAAAUAGAAAUAGCGUCCAUUGACCACUUGGCUAGGAGGAACCAAAGUGGCCUUAUGUGGAUGCUAUGCUGGGCCUAUAUUCAAUACUCAUGUGGGCUUGGGCCUAUCACUCAUAUUCACAACUUGGAAAGCAUUUCUAACAAGUUAUAUUGUGCCAACAGACUCAACUGUUUAUGAAACCAUUGGGUUCUUGAUAUUGGGCUUACUUUGGGCCUUGGUAAUCUUGCCCAAGAGAGAUAUGAAACUUGAUAAGUUCUUUGGUGUUAGGCUUUUAGCUAUAUACUCAUGCUUCUUGUUCUUAAAGCUUGCUAGAGCUUUGGGCGUCAUUGAAUUUCAAGUCUCCCCAUAAAUUAGGUUACUUUGUAGUAAAAUAGAAUCAAAGAUUUCUACUUGGAUGUAAAACUGUAUUUAUGUAUUCAUCCUACGUAUAUAGUGAUGAUGAAUUAUCUUGCAUAUUCAACGGCCUAUUCGGAAAUCUCCUGAUUUAUGCUUAUUUUCAAUUCCCCGAUGA